AUGCAACUGGAUCAAAAUGCUUCAGAUAUUAUUGUUUUAAAUCUUUAUAUCAUAGAACAAAUUCGAGAUGCUAAUUUGUAUAAUACAAAGCAUAAGCAAUUGGUUAGCAAAAAAGUUAUAUAUGCUAACAGAUUUGGAAAAUUAAAAAAGGCACUUAAUCUUGUACUAAAUCUUGGAUGUGUGAAAGAAUUAAUGAAUAUGGUUACUCAGUUUAUUGAUCAGAAAAAAUCUAAGCAUAAAAAUCUCAACAAUAAAAGUUCUCAACAUAAACAGAAAGUUAUAGUGGAUCCUUUAGUUACAAAGUGUUGUGGACAUUCAUUAACUAAAUGA